AUACACACACACACUCACAGCUCCUCUCUCGCUCAGUCUCUCUCUGUCUCUGUACGGAUGUGGAUGUGCUGCUUUUGGGAUUUUUCAGAUUUAUGUUUAUUUUUAUUUGAUGUUGUUUGUUUUAGGGUGAGGUUGUUUACUUUAGAUUGUUUAUUGAAAGCUGUUGUUUAGUGUGCGAAGUGCGUGGGGCAGAGUGGUGGACAGCGCGCAUUCAGAAUGUGGAGUUUCAUCCGGGGAUUUAAAGCUUCCUCUCAGCAGCCCGGCGUGAGAGCUGCUGCGGAUCCGGGGCGCCGUCACUGAGGAGGAGGAGGAGGAGGAGGAGGAGGAGGUCUGUUAGCGUGGAUCCGGAAUUCUUUCAGUCAGGACCCAGAGCUCUCUCACUGACAAGGAGGUCUGUAAUUGAAGAUCUGGAGCUCCAUUAGUGAGGAGGAGGUCUGUGAUUGAGGGUCUGGAUCUCCAUCAGUGAGGACGAGGUCUGUGACUGAGGAUCUGGAGCACCAUCAGUGAGGAGGAGGUCUGUGAUUGAGGAUUUGGGGGUCUGUCAGUGAGGAGGAGGUCUGUGAUUGAGGAUCUGGAGGUCUGUCAGUGAGCAGGAGGUCUGUGAUUGAGGAUCUGGAGGUCUGUCAGUGAGGAGGAGGUCUGUGACUGAGGUUUUGGAGCUCCAUCAGUAAGGAGGAGGAUGAUGGUGAUGAAAGACCACGCGUGUGAGUGUGUGUGAGCGCUGAGAUGGAGGCGCUCGCGCUGCAUGGCCUGCUGCUGCACCUCCUGCUGUCCUGGACUAACGCGGCAUUUACGGAGGUGCCGGUGGACUCAAGUGUGUGUGAGGGGGAGGAUGUGGAGAUGCCGUGUGCUUUCAGAGCUUCUGGAGCUGCUCCGCUCUCACUGGAGAUCCAGUGGUGGUACCUGAGAGAAGUAGCAGAUCUACAGCAGCAGCAGCAGCAGCAGCAGCUCAGCACCCAACCUAACAGAGCCAAGGUCGUCCCGAGAGACGCCACGAAAAUAAGCACGGUGAGAGUUCAGGGCAACGCCAUUUCACACAAGCUGAGUCUGUCUAACGUGCGUAAGGAGGACGAGGGUGUGUACGAAUGCCGUGUUUCGGACUUGUACUCUGACGAGACUCAGGAUUACAAAGUCCAGGCCACCCUGCGGGUCACGCCGCGGCACGGCAUGCUGGCCGAAGAGGCUGUGAGUCAUAUCCAGAACCGUUGGAGUCUGAGGAACAGCAAUGCGGCGGCAGGGGGACGGGCCACCCCUGAGCCUGAGCAGGGAAAACCCCGUGCACCGCCUGUGGGGGGCGAUAUUGGUCUUCAACCCCAGACCACCACCUCCACAGCCUCUGCCGCAAAAUCCUCCGCUUCCCCCCGGCUGGGGAACGCAGCCAUCAGGCAGCAGCAUGGAGCCGGUUCUGGAGCCAUGGCAACCACUGAGCCCCUCCUCUACAUCACCCUGCUGAUCCUGCAUAAGUUCCUCCCCUUCCUGUUUGCCCACUGAAAGACUUCAACCAAACAAUAUGACAUUUUCACUUUAUUUACCAAACAGCAAAGGGAAAAUAUAUAAAUAAAUAAAUAAAUAAAUAUAUCUAUCAUUAUGGCACAUUACUGACACCGAUGGGAUGCAAGAAUUUGGGAACAUGACGCUGGAAAAAAUGAAGUAUCAGUGAAUGGAAAACAUCUCAGACCUGGUCUGACGGAGAUGCGUCUGGAGCUGAUGCUAAAAGGACUGUUUAAGAAAAGCAUGAUAAAAAUAUUAUAAAAAUAUUCUGUGUGAAUUAGAGAUCACUUUGUGUCCUGAACACACAACCCAUCGAACGCUGCGUUCCGUUUCCAGAUCCUCGUGUUUGCCCUGCUGAGUGCAUGGCUCUCUUUAUUUAUUUUUUCUGGGAAAAUUAAUUCCCUUCAUUUUUAAUUUUAGAUUUUUUAUUGAUUUUGUAUUGUCCUAUGGAUUCUUGUCAGUGUGAUCAUUUAAGAAUGAAGUUGAUUUUAAUUUUAUUGGAUCAAUCAAAACAACAAUGUACACACUGUUAUUUUUUAUUAUUUCUGUUUGUUUGGGUUUUUCUGCAUGAACUGUUGAGCGUUUCUGAUCUGAUAGUCAGUGAAACUCAUCUGUGCUUUAUUGAGAGAGUGUGUACGUCUUUUCCACUAUUUGGCUCUACAGCAAGUUUUUUUUUACGGUGUACACAAAUACGACCUUAUAUAUUUUGAUCAAAUAAGGUACAUAUUUCCAUAGUUGUUGUUUGUCACGUUCAAUAAUGUUUAUUUUUAUUAAAGAUGGUGAUCACCUUAAAACAUUCAUUUAUAAAGAGAGAAAAAAACAGUAUGUUCCCAACACCAGUUAAAUAAAGGUUGUUUCUUUUGUAAUAACACUCAUCCUGUGAAAUGUGA